UGAUACGUCUAGUGCAUACUAAAAUCGGUGAUACCUUCGGAGCUGCUCCACGCAUAUUUCGAGUUCUGCAUUUUUUAUAACUUUGCAUUGCAUUAUGCAGUUGUCCAAAGUUUCCGACACGCUACCUACAGUUACGUCCAACAACGAUAACAUUCGAUAGAGAAAUACUUUUUGCUGGUCAGCCACCGAGCAAAUUCGCCGGAGUAUCCAUCCUCCACCAGAAAUCAGACAGGCGUGACUCAUCACCGUCGAUUGGAUCGUCUCAUAGUAUGAUCGGGUGCUCUUACUCUUGUUGAUUGAUUCCUUAAAAGGGUUUCCUUAGAGUUUAUCAAAACGCGCCACGCGGCGUCGUUUUGAUUUUCAGUUGACAAAACCGGUAACCGGUAGUCCUUUUUGAGUUUUUAAACUGAAGAGUGAGUAUGUGGUUUAGUUAAGGUUAGAGAGAAAUGAAGGCGCUAGGCAUUGUCGUUGGUGCUGCCCCAUUGCCCGUGCUGUGUUCGAGUGCUCGGAACCAUCGUUUUCGCGUUUCCUUUUCUUCUCCUUCGUCGGGUUCCAAAACGGUGGAACACGUGGGAAUUGCAGCUGCUAAACCUGAAUACAAGCCUGGGGUGUUUGAUGACAUGUUUCUCAAUUUGUUCCGCAACAAAUUGGUACAGGAAGUUGGAUGGGACUCGAAGGAACCUGGAUACGAUGGACUAAUUGAAGUUGCGCAUCGUCUAAUGAUGAAGGGCACUUCCAAUUCUACUACCGUGGAAUCAGCGGUACGAAUAUUGAGGUCUCUGUUCCCUCCAUAUCUUUUGGAGCUCUAUAAAAUGCUCAUAGCUCCCAUAGGAGGAGGCAAAAUUGCGGCUAUGAUGGUUGCAAGGGUUACUGUAUUGACUUGCCAAUGGCUAAUGGGCCCUUGCAAAGUGAAUUCUGUAGAUCUACCAGAUGGAACCUCAUGCAGUAGUGGGGUGUUUGUGGAAAGAUGCAGGUAUCUGGAGGAAAGCAAGUGUGUUGGUAUUUGUACCAACACCUGUAAGUUUCCGACACAGACCUUCUUCAAGGAUCAUAUGGGGGUUCCAUUACUUAUGGAGCCUAACUUUGGCGAUUACAGCUGUCAGUUCAAAUUUGGAGUUCUUCCCCCACAAGAUGAUACCAUCGUGAAGGAGCCAUGCUUGGAAGCAUGUCCAAACGCUUCCCGAAGACGCUUAUUAGCCAACAAUGUAGAUGUAACUAUGUGCCCAAAGACAUGAAUACAUUUUUCUGAGGCUUGGGGUUUUCACCUUUAUGUUCACUGUCCAAAGCCUCUUGUACAUUCUUGAAGAAGGAAAUAGACAGCGAGAACUCAUCUUUGACCCAUGAAAUUAGUAAUACAACUUAUCCUUUUGCAAUUACAUUAUAUGGAGUGCUGAUAUUUUGUACUUGAAUACAACAUUGAUAUUUAAUCUCCUGGGUUUAGACAUUUUACGAUAAUGAUAUAAUACAAAAGCGUAUUUGUCUUU